GAGAGAAAAGUCACAAUAUACUCAGUAUAUAGAUGGUGAACUUGAUCUAUAGUUUCCGUUACAAUGAUAUUUACCUGUAAAGUGAAAAGUGAAAUUAAUAAGCUAUGUGCAUUAAAAAAUUAAUAAGAUGUCUUUGUUCUUGGUAUGAGAGCGAAAUAACAUGCAUGAUAAAUACUGUUUAGUUUGCAUCAACUAGACUACUGAUUAACUGACUUCUGUUAUUUACUUGUUAAGAACCUCAAUCCCUGGGACAGUUGACACUUCUGUAGAAAGGACGAAGUUCAUCUUCAUAUAAAGUGUAUAAUAAAUACUUAAACAUUAUCUGUAGUUGUUAAGAUAACAAUGGCUUUAUUACCGUCAGUAAAGGAUAUAAAAUUUGAUUCUUUUCAAAAGGAACCUGUACAGUAAAUAUGUAUCCGUGGAUCUCAUUCAAUAGUUAAAGAGGAUUAUAUUAAAUCGAAAAGAUGCCAACAUCUAGUCAAGCCUUAAUUUUGUUGUCGACUGAUGGACAGCUUCCGAGGUACAUUUCAACUAGAAAGUUUCCUGUGUCAUCCAUCCCGUAUCCAUUACAGAGCUUGGACAUUAAUGCCGUUUCCAAAGAUUAUGAAGACAGCCUUUCGGACUUUGAACCUCCAUUUUAUGACAAAAAAAGACAUACAAGGAUUCAACUAGAAUCCAUAACGGAGAGUCUUCCGGAACUUUUAUCAGUACGUGGAUAUCGUGGUUCUUUGUCGUAUGAUCCAGAGACCAAAGUUAUCAAAUGGCAGGUCAAUACCGAAUUGCCGAAAGAAACAAUGUUCCCUCAACUUACGUUUAAAACUAAUCAACUUGUCAAUUUUGUUGGAGAUGACCAAAAUGCCACAACCUUACCGCAUAUUGAUGUUGAUCGUCCAUUUAGAAUACCGAAUUUGGCGGGAACUGGUGGGGUGAGAGACGAUCCAGAUGUUCUUGCACAAAAGACAGAAGAUCUUCGUCAGUAUUUUUCGCUCCCAAAGAUAUAUAAAGCCACUGUAGAUUCAGAAACAUACAAACGACUUUGUGAUCUUGGGUUUCGAAAACCCAGUUAUGACGAUGUUAAGAAGGAAAAGACUAAUAACGGAAAAGAAGCCAGAGUGCGUCAUGUAGAAUUCAUAGAGAUUCCUUCGGAAACUUGUGAUACGGAUGGCACAGAGGACAAAGAUUUCCGAAUAGAAGAUCUUAAUCUUAACCCAGAUAGUGCACGUAUGGCAAAAAUGAAAUUAUCAAGCUCCAGUCAAUUUCCCAACCUUUCUAAAAACGAACAUUUUAAAAACUUCUUUGCAGAAAGGGACACGUUAAUCAAUACACACGAUUAUGAGAAUGGGGACCAUCAUUCACGCAUGCAUGCGCACAAGCAUCCAGAACAUCAUUUUAAGGAUCAUAUGCGGAAACGACAUAAACUAAAGUUGAGCGAGGCCACAUUAUUUCCCGAUUCAGAAAUGUAUAUAACGAGAACCAGCAAAAGAAACGAUGUCGGCGAUUCUGAUUCAGAGAAAGAAACUCUCAGACAACCUUUGUCACUUCUGGAUGACGUCAAAGAGAUGUCAAACUAUAACAAGUGGAAAAAAGCGAGAAUAACAUCCAUUCGACUAAGGAAAGAAGCACCUCCUCCUCAACCUUUAGCUAUAUGCUUUUCGUUACCGGACAAUGCCAAGCCACAUCAACAUGUUAAAUCAUUAGUUGAAUCGCAAACUGGAACUCCAGUUGUACAAUUACAGUUUGAUCCGGUUGCUGUUCAUGCAAUUGAUAGAGAUGCUAAAAGUCGUUGGGUAGUAACAUUAAGUGACUAUGAAAGUCGUGAUUUACUUGUGGAAUGUGGAUUAAUUGUGAAUGGUGAGAAAAUUGAGGUUCGAAGGUAUGAUGACGUCACUAGGGAUGAAGUUCAAGCUUAUAAGAUUUUUGAAUUGAUUCAGAAAGGUCGUUCACAAAACGAAAUGAAUCAACCAAAGCUGAAAAGGAGAAAAUCACGUGCGAGAUAAAUUGGCAGACAGAA